CUCGACCUAACUAGCAACGUGAAUUGGGAGUGAACCAUUCAGAGAAUUUACCCCACUUUUUCUAAGGGUUUCCGCUUGUAAGGGUGUGCUCAGCUUUUCUUCAUUUCCAUUGAGCAAGUUGCUAGAACUUUCCAGCCGAUAAGCGCUCGCAUGAAUGGCUUCCUUCAUACACUCAUACCAUUAUGGCGGCCAUGUUCUGAGAUACAUGAUUGCAAGCUCCGGGACAAAAUCGGGUUUUUGUGGGUUUAGGGUUUAGGGCAAGGAUGCAAGGCGCGGCAGUGUCGCCGGCGUCAUCGUCUUCCUCGUCACAGCAUCCCCUGUCGCGAUUGAGCUUCGGCACAGCGGGCCACGCGCGCCUUGGAUUUGCUCGCCAGAGAUUUCCUUUCGGUACCAGUUUGUGUGUUUCUUCCGGCGAUCAGGGAAAUGCCGAGGAUCUGGCCGCGGGAUCAAACAGCAACAACGGCGUCCUCGUGCCGAUGGAAGACCGCUCCGCCCCCGGGGUGCCAGAGAAUGCAAGCGAGCAUUCUUCCAAGCUGACUUCCACUGCCGGUCUUUUUCGGACACCAAUCUCUGGCGGAGUAGAGAGCGCUACUUCGUCUCACGGUUUGCCAAAGCCUGCUCUUGCCGUGAGGAACCUUAUGGAACAGGCUCGAUAUGCUCAUCUUUGUACGACUAUGUCACGGAUGCAUCACCGCCGCUCGGGCUAUCCGUUUGGAACUUUGGUGGACUUUGCUGCCGAUGCUCACGGACAUCCAGUUUUCUCUCUUUCGCCUUUGGAGAUACACACCAGGAAUUUGCUUGUUGAUCCUCGGUGCACGCUCGUUGUUCAGGUCCCUGGAUUUAGUGGCCUUGGGAACGCUAGAGCUACACUUUUCGGAGAUGUAUAUCCUCUUCCAUCUGAGAAACAGGAGUGGGCGCAUAAACAAUACACGAAAAAGCAUCAGCAGGGAGCCUCACACCAGUGGGGCAACUUUUAUUACUAUCAAAUGGAGAGAAUCAGUGACAUCCUUUUCGUGGGAGGAUUUGGCACUGUAGCCUGGGUAGGCGUGGAUGAAUACGAAUCUGUGCAGCCCGAUGUCAUAGCUGCUGAUGGCGAUGAAGAUACACUCAAGGCCUUGAAUGCGAUCUUCUCGAGACCACUCAAGGAAAUGCUCGCCGCCGAGACCCAGACGGAAGUGGACGAGGCAGCGGUGAUAUCGAUCGACAGCAGAGGCAUAGAUAUCCGGGUCCGCCAAGGAUCCAAGCCCCUUAUGCAGUUCAAUGUGCAGAGGUUACCAUUCGACGGUGGUCAUCCGGUGGAAACUCUGGACGAGGCCAAGGCAGCUCUUUCCAAGCUCAUCAAGAAACGCUCCAGAAAGCACACGGCGAGCUAGAAGCAGCGUUUGUAUCUACUGUACACUGAUAACGAAGAAAAACAAAACACCAGGUAAGUGUUUCCUUCUUCCUUUGCGAAGCUGGAAAGUUUUCCAGAUUCCAGAGACUUGUAAACGUAGAAGUCGAGCAAGAAGCUUCUUUUCUGGUGGUGACCACCAAAGAAGUGUUUUCUCUUCGAGGAGAGA